GUGUUAUGACCUGUAUCUGCCGCCGAUUUCUUGGUCACGAGUGCUAGGUUUGUAUGGCAUCUUGAUUGCCCGCUUCCCCGCGACGUCACUACAGCCUACGCUUGAAGAAGGUUGAAUGCCACUUUACCCAUGCCACAUGGAUGUACCAAGCCGUACUCUGUUUCGUUGAACACUUUUACCAGAAUGCUGAUGCCACCAAUGUACCCCAGACUGCAAGGAGGUUCGGCAGCGCCAAUACCACUUGGCAUCCGCGUUUGCGUAGAGGCGGGUUACAGUCUUGGCGGGUGGUGCGCUCAAAGUGUCAUCUCUGCGCAUUGCGAUAGAUAUAUGGGAAGACAUCGUUGACUGGAGGGCGCAGUCCCAUUCUUGAGAAUUCGCUAUCGGCACAGCAUCUCCUCCGCUCAUCCUUCCCAACAACUGCAACUCGAUACAUAUACCCUUUGAGAACAAGUCCUCAAUCGCCUGUACGCCAUAGAAGAUGUCUAAAGUCGCACUGAUUACGGGCGGCAAUGGAAUAACGGGCUCAGCCAUCAUCGAGCACCUCGUGAAGAAUACGACUUCUGCCGAAUGGAGGAAGAUUGUCGUCACGUCGCGAUCGCCCUUCAAGACCACCGUUCACGAUGACCGUAUCAUGUUUAUAGCCCUCGAUCUUACCGAUAAUCCCGAUGCCUUGAUCAAAAAGAUGCGCCCAGCAUGCCAAGAUGUCACUCAUGCAUACUUCUCUUCGUAUGUACACAAAGACGACUUUGCGGAGCUCAAUCACGCGAAUGAAAAACUCUUCGCUAACUUCCUGGACGCUCUGCUGGCCGUGGCUUCCAGUCUGGAGAACUGUACGCUUCAGACUGGAGGAAAACACUACAAUGUUCACGUCAGUCCCGUGCCAUCUCCAGCUCGGGAGGAAGAGCCCAGAAGGGAAAGUCCACUUGGCAACUUCUACUUCCCACAAGAAGACUACCUGACGAAACGCCAGACUGGCCAGAAAUGGACGUGGAACGUCAUCCGUCCAGAAGCCAUUAUCGGCCACACGUCCAAGCCAAACGGCAUGAAUUCAGCUUUGACAUACGCCUUGUACUUUCUCGUUUGCAAAGAGAUGGGCGUCGAAGCGCGUAUGCCGACGAACCAGCUGUAUUGGGAAGGAUACGACGACCUUUCUGACUCCGGACUUAUUGCCGACCUGACCGUAUGGGCCUCCACACAUCCACACGCUGGAAAUCAGGCCUUCAAUGUCGUCAACGGUGACUAUUUUUCGUGGAGAUACAUGUGGCCACGCAUCGCAGCCUACGCAGGGGCCCAUGCAACAAGUGAGCAGGUCUUUGAAAAGCCUCGUCCAUCGGAAGGAGAGACACAACUAGAUCUCAGCUUGGCUGAGUGGGCUGUGGAUAAGCAAGAGGUCUGGGAGCGCAUCUGUGACAAGAACGGUUGUCCCGAAGCGAAGGCGACUUGGGCAUCAGGUACGUGGGCCUUCCAGGACUGGGUGUUUCAGCGGACAUGGUCGGCAACAUUGAGCGUUAACAAAGCGAGGAGAUUUGGGUGGACCGGUCAUAUCGACUCUUACCAGUCGUUGACUGACGCGUUCGAUAAGUUUGUUGAGCUGAAGCAGAUACCAGCGUUGUAGCAUAAUGGUAGUUUGUAAAAUCAAUGACCAGGUCUCGAUACCGUGUCUUGAUCACUUUCGCUGGCUUUCCUAUUGCUUGCUCGUGAAAUGCCAGGCAGAAUAAUUCAUGUCGCUGCUCAAGAGUCCUCUGACCUGUAGUAUGUUGACCGACGAUACGCUGGAAUUGCUGGUGUUGCAUGCCGAUGGUGUUCCACCAUAAUACACGAGCCACCACAGGUGUGGGUAACGCGUAUCUGCGCGUUGGUCGCAGUCCCUUCCUAAAAUAUAAAAUAGGUGGAGAGAUUUCGCAGAGCCUUGCCAAAUGGAGACGCGACCACGUGCUGUAGGAUCCUCCACGAUGAAAGCGCUUGUCGC